AUGGCGACUUUAACUAUGGAUAGCAUCUGUGACGAGUUCGAAAUAAUUGAUAGCGAAGAAGAUAAAGGUUUCUUUACUUAAAAGGUCUUUUUUCAGGCGAAAGAAAUAAGGAGCUUAAACCUCAGAGUACUCCAGAACCCUCUAUUGCUUCUUGGUGUAUAAAUAUGUUAUCAAAUUUGAAGGUUUUCUUUUUUUGCUCUAUUUGAUAAUUUAGGAAACGGAGAGGCGUGGUCUAUCCAACAAAGCAUCAGAAUCGAUCCUCCUCUUUUCGACCAUUCAGAGGCUUUUAUUAGUUCUGUGAAGGAAAACGAGCUCCACUCUGCUUCGAGAAAUAACACUCUCACCAGAGAGAAUGCCUCCGAGCAAAAGUUAGUUUGCAAAUAUCUUGUCUUACAAUCCGGUUAAUAACGGUUUCAGUGAUAAAAUUUGAAAAAAGUAAACGAUUUAGAAUUAAAGAUGAUUUGCUUCUUUCGAUUGUUCUGUCAUUUCUCUCGAAAGAAGGUAGUCGGAAGAAACGUAAAUAUGAGAGAAAAUCGUAGUACACGCAAUCACUUUGAAAAAUGCAUACAAGAGUCAAUUCUGCUCGAAAAAUCUAGUAUAUUCUUUGAUGGUCUCCAUUCUAGCAGCCUGGUGGCGGAUGCUCCCAAAGAUACGCCGAUUUUGCAAGCAUCUGUAAUCCCGGACGUCUCCUUCGUCAACCCUUUGGAAAUGAAUUGUGAGUCUGAAAAAAUCGUUCCAUUCGUCCAUUCCUGUCUUUUUCAGCAUUGUCGAGCACCAGCGACGACGUGGAAAGUCUUCAGAAUCACACCGAAGCUGUCCUUCAGGCUUCUCUCGUGUGCAUCGGAAAGCUCAGAGAGCAGGUCUGAAUGGCCAUCCAAACAAUUGAAAGUUGAUUUUCAAGAUCAUGUCAACCUCAACACUGGCGUCGGAUGCUAGUGAAAAGGAGAAGUUACGCUUCGAAAGCUUGAAGUCUGAAAUGAACGCCUUAGCACUGGAAAAGAAAGCUGUCGAUGAAAAGGUGUUUCUGAAUAUUAGGUUGUUCAGAAAGUUAUUGCGGUUUUAAUUAUUUGACUUCAAAUGAUCCUAACUUCGCUUAGAGUUCUUACUUCUGAUCAAAACAAAAACCAUCUUAUUGAGUGGCCAUGUGACAACAAAAAACACAAAAAUUUUAGUCGAUGAUAUCAAGCCCUGAAUUACUGGGGGCUUUAAAACUCUCAAAGCCUUUUUUGAGAGGGUUUUGGUUUCGAAGCAUUUUUUACGCGUGCAAGUAUUUUCAAAGUUUGGAGAGCUGUUGUUUAGCAAGGUAGGGGUUGAAAAAAGAGAAAAAUAAACAAAAAUCAUUUUUUUCUUGUUUCGUUAAUUUUUUUACUGGCAACUUCCGCAAAGCGCGAUACAGGACAAAAACGUGACUUUUUUUAGUUUCGAUGUUUUUCAAAAUUUUUUUAUACACUAAUUCGUGGAAUUUUUGAUUAGUGAACAACGUCGCUUUAAUGUUGUAGAGUAGAAAGUUGAGAAUAGUUAUAAAAAGUUAUAACAACUGUAGAAAGCCAAGAACGAGCUCAAUCGUCAAUAUUUGAUAGGUUGAGUUCGAAGAACUAUCCAAAGCGGCGCCUUGGGCUAUCCAAUAAUAAUAGGCUUUAAAAUUGUUGUAGACGACUUUCUUAUUAUCGUGAUUCAAAAAGUCCUAUUCUAUCAAAAAAAAUAAGUCACUUUUCCCUUUUAAUUAGACGAAAAGAAUAACACUGCGUUAUGGUUUAAGGGAGAUUUGUGAGGAACACAUUUAGUAGGCUUUUCUGGUCUCUGAAAAAGUUCUCUAGUCAGGAACUUUGCUAGCGACAUCUAUACAUCUUCUCAAGCAACAACAAAAAGUUUUUCGCAAAUGUGCAGCUACCAGGACGUUUUGUUACCGCGCAGUAGAAACAUAACUCGAAAAUGACUGUUCUCAGUUGUCGAGCUCAUAAUCUUGGCCAAUGUUUUUUCCAGCAGCAAUCACGUUGCAUGUUUGAAAGUAGUUACUAUGUCAAACAAAUAGUAAAACAUCGAGUGAUUUCAACGCUUAUAAGUCUAGUUGAGAGAAGAACAAAAAAGCUACUAUAAUCGCUGUUUUUAACCCUUUUUUCAAAAUUACAUAAAACUUACACAAUUCUGUUUCGAAUGAUACGGUUACAUUUAAAAAAUAAAACAAACCACGCGCUUCAAAAUGACAUAUAACUUUGUCAAGCCAGUCUAAAGUCCAGUUCAAAAAAUCUCUUGCAAGGGGGAGUAUCAAAAACCGCAAAAACUUUCUGAGCAUCCUAAUAUUUCUUCUGGUUUUAAUUCUUUCAUCCAGCUGGCUGAACUUCAAGAAAAACACGAAAGAAUGGCCACGAUGGACGAAAUUCUCAAGAAUGAUCUUCACGAAACCAGGUAUGUUGAUAGCCGAACUUGUCUGGAAUCGCAGUGACUUUAGAGCUCACCGUGACGAAAUCAUGGCCAAGUACGUGAGAGAGAAAGAACUGCGAGAGCAUUUUCAGGGCCAGCUGACUGGUUCAAUCGGGAAUGGUUCUAAAGACUUUCCUAAAUAUAUCGCUUGGUUCUGUAUUCAGGAAAUAAAAACGUAACGGAAAGUGUGCUGCUGCGCCAGCUCUCGGAUCACACCAACCAUAUUGUGGCGCUCGAGAGCGAGGUCUCAGAUCAUUUUUAUUUUGUUUUUAUACAUCCUAUUUGCAGCUGAAAAACCUGCGCAAACAGCUCGAAGUGGAGAGACAAGAUUCGCUAAAGUUCAAGGAAGAAGCGAAUAAUCAUUCAGAAAUCGCCAAGAUCUUGGCCGAGGUUUGUAAUUUUUUUUUUCAUACGAUUCUUUGAAAAAAAAAAUAGGAUCUUUUUAAUCAAAGACAGAAAGUUUCAAAUUGAUGUUAAUUGUCCAACAUUCUGUCAAAAAUAUGUUUUAGUCGUAGAGCAAUGUUAGUUAGGUGAAAAAGCCCCCAGUGAAGUGAAUUUAAAACUUAAAAAAUAGUAGGAAAUUUGAAUUUUGAAAUAAUUUAUAGCAAAAUUACUAAGUUUUUCGAAAGCACAAUGAGUAUAUUCAUAACAUUUUCGAAGUAAAAAGCCAUUUCGGAGGUUUUUGUAAGUAAAUAAAGUAUUCAGCGCUUUCACACUGCUUUUUUAACGUAGCCAAAACUGUUUUCCAGGACCAAACAGAGAGUAGACGCAUGCUGGCCGACCAGGACUACAAAAUCAAGAUGCUGGAAGAACAGUGCCAGAAGUCCGCGUCUCACAGCGUUCGUUCAACUCCUUUUUAUCGCCGAUGUUUCAAACCCAAUAAAAAACCUCAUUUCUCUGUUUCAGGAUUUCGGCGACGGCAUCUAA